CCUUCCUACCCACAUACCCAUCUCCCUACCCAAGCUGGUGGGGUAUAUAUACAGCUUCUACCAGGCAGAAGUCAUAUAUCCUCUGAGCCCCACACCAUCAUGAAGCUGGUAGUAUUCGCCCUCCUGGUCGCCCUGGCCGCCGCCGCUCCUCGCCCUGAUGAGGACGCAGAGACCUUGGUGGAUGAGCGCCAGGACAAUGGUGACGGCACCUUCAACUACCGAUUUGAAACCAGCAAUGGACUGAAGGAGGAGCGAGUCGGCACUGUGGGGGCUGAGGGCCAGAGCAACAUGCAGGGUUCUUACAGCUUCACUCUCCCUGACGGCACCGUCGCUGUAAUCACUUACGUCGCCGACGAGAACGGCUUCAGACCUGAGUCUCCACUGCUGCCCCAGGAUCACCCCCUCCCUGCCCACGCAGUCGCACAGAUCGCAUUUGCUGAGGAACAGCGCGCUAAGGGUGUCGUGUUCGAGAAAUAAGACGGAUUUUUACCUAUUCUUCGAUGAAUCUGCUAAUAACAUGAGCCUUGAAAUUUAACUUAUCUAUCUGGACACAAAUUCAUCGGUGUCACGUUAAUAAAUAAAUAUAAUCCUCUUUAAA